GAGAGAGUGAGAGAGAAGGCGCUCGAGCUGCUCUCCUCAUUCCCGGUUCUGGAAGCGCGCGCUCCGCAUCGCGGCUCGGAAACUUUACGCGCGGCGCUUUUUAUUACUAACGCUUUGAUGUUAAAACAUUGUUGCUGUUCUUCUUCUAUUUUUAAAUAUCGAAGGAUACACCGGAAACAUUGUAUCACUAGCGCGUUCUUAUUUCUCUCACUAUUCCAUUUCACUGUCGGGUUGUGAAUUUUUUCCGUCUCUCUCUCUCUCGGUCUCGGUCUUGGAUCUACCCGAUCUGUCUUGGAUCUACCCGAACCUCCCCGACCAGACCCGACCUCCUGUAUCCGGAUCUGCUUCUUCAGGCUCUGAACAUUGGUGUCACACAGCCAUGCUGGAGGUUUCCGUCUCGUGCUGGAGGAGCAGAACGGGAGGGCGCACGGACCGGAGGCGCGCGUAGACUCGGCUGGAGGAUGGUGUGUGUGCGCGCGAGUGUGUGUGUGGAUUUCCAGCGCGCAGACACUUCACUGUCUAACGGAAGUUUUCUUCAUCAUUAGUGCUUUUAUUGCUAUUAUUAUUAUUAUUAUUAUUAUUAUUUUAGAAUCGUAUUGAUAAUAAAGAGACAGGGCUGUAGAGGAGGAGAGUCUGGGGAGAUUCUCUGAUCUGCUGCUCGGUUUGUGGCUGGAAACCCGAACUAAGAGACUGGCGUAUGGUACAGAUUGCCUUUGCUGCUCCCAGCUCUUGCACCGUCUCUCGGACUGCGCGGCGCCGCCUGGCCUCGGAUCCCGGGACCUACUUCAUGAUUUGCGGACGCCAUGCUCGCUCUUUAGCCGGGAGAUCCUCUGCUCGUCGCCGCGCAUGUUCAGGACCAGACGGUCGGGGCUCGUCCGGCGACUCUGGAGGAGCCGCGCGCCCGUCGACGGCGACGGGGAGGAGGCGGCGGACACCGGGACGCACGGCGCGGGAGGAAGCGGAAGAGGAAACGGAGGCUUGUGCAUGGGCAAAGCGACCAAGGCCGGCGGCGGCGGCGCGAGCGCGGAGGCCGAACUGAAGGCGCUCACGCACUCGGUGCUGAAGAAGAUCAAAGAGAAACAGCUGGAGGUGCUGCUGCAGGCCGUGGAGUCGAAGGGCGGAGCGCGCAGCCCGUGUCUCCUGCUGCCCGGCCGAGUGGACGCGUACUCGCUCCCGCUGCUGCUCUUUAAGGUGUUCCGCUGGCCAGACCUCCGGCACUGGUCGCAGUUGAAGCGGCUGCCGUGCUGUGAAUCCUACGGGAAGAUCAACCCGGAGCUCGUGUGCUGCAACCCGCACCAUAUGAGCCGCCUGUGCGAGCCCGAAUCUCCUCCUCCUCCAUAUUCACGAUAUCCAGUGGAUUUACUUAAGUCACCCGAUUCUCCAGACUCUACGCCUGCUUCCACUGAAACUGGGGGAACGAUACAUUCAGCCCCUGUGGGGUUUUCAGAUUCCCAAGGUCUUCAGGAGUGCGGCGAGCGCGAGCACUGGUGUGUGGUGGCGUACUGGGAGGAGAAGACGCGCGUCGGCCGACUCUAUUCGGUCCGCGAGCCAUCGCUGGACAUCUUCUACGACCUACCUCAGGGCACGGGCUUCUGCCUGGGCCAGCUGUGCUCGGAGAGCCGCAGCGCACUCGUGCACAUGGUGCGGCCCAAAAUCGGCUACGGCAUCCAGCUGAGCCGCGAGGCCGAUGGCGUCUGGUUGUACAACCGCAGCCGAUACCCCAUCUUCGUCAAGUCAGCCACGCUGGACGACCCUUCGUCACGAACUCUGCUCGUGCACAAGGUUUUCCCCGGGUUCUCCAUCAAAGCCUUCGAUUACGAGAAGGCCAAAAGCCUACAGAGACCCAACGACCACGAGUUCAGCCAUCAGCCGCGCGCCGGAUUCACCGUGCAGAUCAGCUUCGUCAAGGGCUGGGGUCAGUGCUACACCAGACAGUUCAUCAGCAGCUGCCCCUGCUGGCUCGAACUCAUCUUCAAUAACCGAUAGCCACAGGCCCCGCCCACGCCCACUCCCUCCCCUUUCUCUGUCACUAUGGACACGGACUGGCCCUGACCUCGUUUUGGGACUAUUUGCUAUUUUUUGUUUGUUUGUUUUUUCGUGACAGAGUAAGAGAAAGAAAAGGUUCUCCAGAAGAUUUUACGACAGAAAAAAAAAAAAGAGAAAGAAAGAAAGAAAGAAAGAAAGAAAAACCCGUGACGGGUUUUUAUUAAAGACUUUAAAAGAUUUAAUUAAGUGAAAUAAAAGUUCAAAAUGUAUUGUUAUAUAUAAAUAUAUUAUUACUUGUAAAUACGAAGACGUUUUAUAUGCAUCGUUAUUUAUGUAUUGUGCAGUGUGUUGAUAGAAAUAGAAAAGAUGCACUUUGCUUAAUAUAAAUGCACACCGGAGAAAUGCCAAAAUUAAAAAAAAGUAACAAAUCUAAUUUA